AUUAAUCAGAGAUCUCGGCUAGCCGGAGUAUAAAAGCCGGCCUAGGGCAUUGCCAACCGAGUCAGUCCCAUUGUGGCAUCAGUCCAGCACAGUCUCGAAGGGAUUGGAUUGGACCCAGGACUAAGAAAAAGAAAUGCGGACGACUUUGUUACUCUUACUGGGCCUUUUGGCCAUCAACUACUUCGAGGAGGGAGCUACCCACGUGGUGCCCUUGCCGGGGGCUGGAACCUUCUUGAUUUCCCAGCCAGCACCAGUGCUUUUACUCGUCCAGACACCACCGCCUCCUCCAGACGAUGAUGGCUCGUACAAGCCACCCUCGAGUGCGGAGGAUGGCUUAUGGAAGCCCCAGCCGGGCUUGGAGGGAGAGUACGUGGACCCCGAAUUGACCCAGUCUGGCUCUGGAAGCGUCGGCUCCAUCGACUCUGAACCGGCCCCUGCCCUGAUUACCUCCAGCGCAGGAAGUGCUGUUCCGCAAGAGGCACCUCCAGCUCCCGCCGAGGCAGGUGGAGCUGGUGAGGCUGGGAAGGCGGGACAAGCGGGUGGAAUCCUUGGGGGAGCUGGAGGUGCCGGUGGAGCUGGAGGCGGUGGUAGUGCUGGUGGUGGAGGUGGUGGCGGAGGCGGUGGGGGCGGCGGAACACUCACCUCUGGCCAGAGCGGAGAAAAUGGACAGCCAGGAGCCCCGAGCCCGGCGGGAGCACAGCCAGACGGUGAAGAUGGAGCCGACGGAGCCGAUGGUCCUGACGGGCCAGACGGCUCGAAGGGCGGAAAAGGUGGCAAGGGGGGCAAGGGAGCACGCAACGGCGCCGGCGGAGGGGGAGGAGCCGGAGGAGCUGCGCCCCAGCCGGCAUCGCCCCCUGCUGUGAUUCCUCUCCAGGCGGUACUAGUACCUGCUCCUGUUUGGGAGAACAAUUUAAUUCACGUGGCCUAGAAGCCCCUGCCAUUAUGUGCCUUAAUCCCUUUCGGAAGUUCAACUAGUUAUCCGUAGUCCACAGCUAGUCAAUAUUUUUGGACCCAACAUUAAAUCUAAGCUAAGGCAAACGAAUAUUAAAGUUCGAUUACAAAGCAAA